AACCAAACAGGGUGAAAGGAAGUGGCGUUAACACCGAACAUUGUGCGAGAAAGACGAAGACUUAAAUGACACCUGCAAUAUUUUUAUGUCGAAAAAAUUAAAGCUUUGUAUUGUUCUCAACCUGUUCAAGACACUGAACCUUUGGUAGCCUUAAGAAACAGCAGUCAUGGAAGCUCAGCAGAAGAGGAAACUGCUGCUGAUGGGUCUUCUCUUUUUCUCAAUCUUUCUUUCUGGUGUUGGAGCUUGGACUGGUGAAAUCCAUGGCAGAGUUAUCUGUGAUGUCUGCGGCGAUUCCUCCAUUGGACCUGAAGACCAUAUUCUUGAAGGUGCUGAAGUAGCUGUUCUUUGCAUUACAAAAUCUGGGGAAGUUCUAAAUUACCAGGCAUUCACAAAUGCUAAGGGAGUAUACACUGUGGCAGAGACCAUGCCUGAGAGUGAUCGCUGGGAUGCAUGCCUGGCACGACCCAUCAGCAGCUUUCAUGACCACUGCACCCAUCUUGGUGAAGGCAGCUCAGGGGUAAAGUUCAGUUAUAAGCGUCCAUCAGGUUAUUCUCACACCGUCAGAGCUUUCGUCUAUCGACCUUCCAGUGUGCCAACAUACUGCAUGUAAAAUCUCUAGGCUUUAUGUGUAUAUCACAGUCACAAUAAUGCAUGUGUUACUAGAGAGAUGAAGUGAAAAAGAGAUCUAGGAUUUGUCAUACAGUUGGUUUUACUGGGUUACUGAAAUGCUGAAAUUCAAUCUGUGCGAAGCACAAUCAAAGUUAGUUGGUACGAAUCCCAGUCUUCUGUUCUAUGGAAGAAUAUUUUACAGAAAUGGAAUGAACAUGGCUUUCUUUACUA